AUGGGAAUCAUGGAGACGUUCUCUGUGAUUCCCUCGCCCAAAGUGUCCGACACCGUCGUGGAGCCGUACAAUGCCGUGCUCAGCUUCCAUCAGCUCGUGGAGAAUUCGGAUGAGUCCUUCCUGCUGGACAACGAGGCAGGCUCUCGCAUGACCAGCGGGAACUCGUCCUACUUUGUGGAGUGGAUCCCGAACAACAUCAAGGCAUCGGUCUGCGACAUCCCGCCGAAGGGCUUGAAGAUGGCGGUCUCCUUUGCCGGGAAUUCCACCGCCAUCCAGGAGAUGUUCAAGAGGGUUGCGGAGUACUUCACUGCCAUGUUCCGCCGCAAGGCUUUCCUGCACUGGUACACCGGCGAGGGGAUGGAUGAGAUGGAAUUCACAGAGGCCGAGUCCAACAUGAACGACCUGGUCUCUGAGUACCAGCAGUACCAGGAUGCCACGGCGGAGGAGGAAGGUGAAUUCGAUGAAGAGGAAGGGUGGACAGUGCCGUUGCUGCUAUUGGUGCAUUCAAGGUGCGGCAACCAGAUCGGCGCAAAGUUCUGGGAGGUGAUUGCGGACGAACAUGGCAUUGACCCCACAGGCACCUACCACGGCGAUUCCGACUUGCAGUUGGAGCGGAUCAACGUUUACUUCAACGAGGCAACUGGCGGCCGCUAUGUGCCUCGUGCCGUGCUGAUGGACUUGGAGCCGGGGACCAUGGACAGCGUCCGCGCAGGGCCCUUCGGCCAGCUCUUCCGGCCGGACAACUUUGUCUUCGGACAGACCGGUGCCGGCAACAACUGGGCGAAGGGCCACUAUACAGAAGGGGCCGAGCUCAUCGACUCAGUGCUCGACGUGGUUCGAAAGGAGGCCGAGGGCUGCGACUGCCUGCAGGGCUUCCAGCUGUGCCAUUCCCUUGGUGGAGGAACGGGCGCGGGCAUGGGCACCUUGCUCAUCUCCAAGGUGCGCGAGGAGUAUCCAGACAGAAUCAUGGAGACGUUCUCUGUGAUUCCCUCGCCCAAAGUGUCCGACACCGUCGUGGAGCCGUACAAUGCCGUGCUCAGCUUCCAUCAGCUCGUGGAGAAUUCGGAUGAGUCCUUCCUGCUGGACAACGAGGCCUUGUACGACAUUUGCUUCCGCACGCUGAAGCUGACAACGCCAACUUAUGGCGACCUCAACCACUUGGUCUCAGCAGCCAUGUCCGGGGUGACUUGUUGUUUGCGCUUCCCCGGACAGCUGAAUUGCGACCUGCGCAAGAUUGCUGUGAACUUGGUGCCGUUCCCGCGGCUGCACUUCUUCAUGACCGGCUUCGCACCGCUGACCUCCCGCGGGUCGCAGCAGUACCGUGCUCUGACGGUGCCUGAGCUGACGCAGCAGAUGUUUGAUGCCAAGAACAUGAUGUGCGCGGCAGAUCCUCGUCACGGGCGCUACUUGACGGCCGCAGCGCUGUUCCGCGGCCGCAUGUCAACAAAGGAAGUAGAUGAGCAGAUGCUUAACGUGCAGAACAAGAACUCAUCCUACUUUGUGGAGUGGAUCCCGAACAACAUCAAGGCAUCGGUCUGCGACAUCCCGCCGAAGGGCUUGAAGAUGGCGGUCUCCUUUGCCGGGAAUUCCACCGCCAUCCAGGAGAUGUUCAAGAGGGUUGCGGAGUACUUCACCGCUAUGUUCCGCCGCAAGGCAUUCCUGCACUGGUACACCGGCGAGGGAAUGGAUGAGAUGGAAUUCACGGAGGCCGAGUCCAACAUGAACGACCUGGUCUCUGAGUACCAGCAGUACCAGGAUGCCACGGCGGAGGAGGAAGGUGAAUUCGAUGAAGAGGAGGGCGAAUACGAUGGCUAG